AUGGAGACUCUGUCUCUCUCGCAGGACUCCAUCUUGGAGUGUCAGAUCUGUUUUAACUACUACAGCCCGCGGCGGAGGCCCAAGCUGCUGGACUGCAGACACACGUGCUGCUCCGUGUGCCUGACCCAGAUGAGAUCCAGCCAGAAAGAGAUCCGCUGCCCCUGGUGCCGUGGCGUCACCAAACUCCCAGCUGGCUUUUCCGUCUCCCAGCUCCCCGACGACCCCGACAUCAUCACCGUCAUCGCCAUCCCGCACGCCUCCGAGCACACACCGGUCUUUAUCCGCCUGCCUAGCAACGGCUGCUACAUGCUGCCCCUGCCUGUCGCCAAGGAGAGGGCACUGUUGCCUGGGGAACUCGGCUGCCGGUUCUUGCCAGGUGGCAGUGGGCAGCAGAAGGUGGAUGUGGCGGUGGUGGCUAUGCCUGAGUUGCAGCCACUGGGUCUGGGGAUGAGUCUCAAUGGCCUGGAGGAGACAGAGAGAAGGGGAGUCGGGGGAGGUGGUGGUGGAGGGGGGAAGGGCUCCACGUGGUCCGGAGUGUGUACAGUGAUCCUGGUAGCCUGCGUCCUGCUCUUUCUCCUGGGAAUCGUGCUCCACAACAUGUCCUGUAUCUCUAAACGCUUUACUGUCAUCUCCUGUGGCUGA